AUGCGUGAGCUGACGUCGGCCACGGACGGAUUCUAUUGUAUAUUGGACGGUCUCUCCUUGCUCAGCGCUCUGAGACCUACCCCCGAAGCACAAAAUUGCGGCUUCCGGAUCUACUCUGAUAGCGAGGCUAUCUCAAAUGCAAGAACGCUCAUUAGGGGCAGGAUCUGCACAGGUGGCUUGAAAGCGGGUCCUUGCAAGCUGUUCGCAAGGCAAAGAUCAUUAGCACAAUACUCCAAGAUUGAGUGUGCACUGGGCUUAAAGGAAAAGUACAUUCUCAUUCCUAUAGUUCACGCGUCUCUAAGCGAUACUGAGCUACUCUCCACCAGACAACAACCUUUGUUGACAGGAAGGGACAAGGUCUUGGUCAUCUGCACCUGCAUUCUUUCGGUCUCGGAGUUGAAAUCCUCAAAACGCUGA